AGCGUAUCGUCUGCCGGUUCAACAGCUUGCGGGUGACCAGCGAAGGUGAGGAGCAGGCGCGUUCAUGCAGGAACGGAGGCCUGAUCUGGGCGGGGUCGCGGAAUCACCUCGAUGCACAGAGCGUAUUGUCUGCCGCUACAAUAGCUCGAGGCCGACCACCGACGGUGAUGUGGGAGGCCGUGACGGUGGUGCCAGCGAGGCGGACCGCGUCGACGUAGAAGACGAUGACGGUGACGAGGAAGACGAAGACGAAGCUCCGGUCGAGGAAGCAGUCUCCGGCGGGACGAAAAAGCAACCUUCCAAAGUCUGUGGGAAAGCGAAGGGUAAGGAUAAGGAAGGUGAUACGAACGGCGAGGGUGGCGGGAGCAGAGCGCGGGGGAACUGGAGUUUGAACGAAUCCCUCGUUCUUGUCUAGAAAGUGUGGGACAGGGAGAAGGAUUCGGGACUGCAAUCGUACUUCCUCAUGACAACGAAAGCACGGAAGGAGAAAGGGUACAGGUUUAAUCUAGACCGCACUCUAUACGACGCGAUCCACAUCAUGCAGGGGAACAACCAGGCCGUCCACCCGUCGAAUCUCGUGGACACCGGCAACACACAAGGACAACUGUCACAACUAGGUGAGCAAAGCCAAGCGGCAGCGGGUGGUGGGGAAGCAGACACUUCGGCGAGCGAGAACAGGGGAGUGGAUACGGGGGACGGGUGUGGCAGCAGGUCGUCUUCAAACGGCAUUCAAGGCAAGUGGAAGAACGCCAGGCAACUGGCUUUCGAGGCGGUGACGGAUGUGAUGAAAACGCACUCGACCGUUGUCGUGGAGUCCGUAGACCGCGCGAGCAAGCGGCAGUGCGACGUGCUCCAACGAGAGUGCGACAUAAUGGAGAGGGAGGUGGCGCUCAGAGGUCGUGUCCUCGGUUGUACCAUAACUUUUUACGAGAUGAGGCAUCGUCGAGGAGAGAAGGACGGCAGGUUGUUUGAUUUUGUGGGCGAGGUCAGUGGACAGGAAGUGCGGCAUUACGAGGUGGACGCGAACGGUGACACGAUUCUCAACGUCGUCGUCACGUUGGGAUAUGCGGAUGACAUGCUGCGCGAGGUGGCUGGCUAUGCAACGAAAGUCGGUCGCGCGAUCCCCGACCGGUGGGAAGGAGGAGUAGACGUUCUCGCUGACAUCGUCGACCUCCUGAUGUCAAACAUCGCGAACGAGCACGAUGACUGCAUGACUGUUCCUGCGGAUUUCCGGGUCUGGCCGGAUCCUCCUUUGCACGACCGCCCAGGUCUCCGUGGCGAGAUCCGCAACAUCGAUGAGUAGGUGUGGAUGGAAGCCAUGGCGGCAAACCGUUCGCCGCUUGCACUUGAGAGAGAGAGAGAGGGAGAGAGAGACAGACGCGGAGAGAGAGAGAGAGAGAGAGAGAGAGAGAGAGAGAGAGAGAGAGAGAGAGAGAGAGAGAGAGAGAGAGAGAGAGAGAGAGAGAGAGAAAUCAUGUUCCUUAUGGAUGACGUCCUUAUGUUUUUUGUUUGGCUCAUCUUCUUCGUUUACGAUCGACAACGACUGCGUGUCCCUGUUCGUCGAAUGUUGUGGAGAGAAGUUUCCCCGUGUACUUCUGUUGGCAUGCGGCACAAGCAUGGCUCACAUUGGAACUGACAUGGUGGGGGAGGCGGUAACACAUGCGCGUGGCGCAUUUAGGGUUUGUGAGGUGGUGGUGGAGUUGUUCAUCACGUUUUUUUAAGUUCGCAUGCACUUUCAGGGUUCAAUUGUGUUGGUUGCUUUGUGUCUUUUGCCCUCUUUUUUCCUACGAAGUGUGGAUUUCAGAUUGUGAAGAGAGUAUGUGCUUUUGCGUGGCUAUUUUUUGUUGCUAGUGGGUGUGCGGAUGUCGAUUACAUUCGGGUUCUGUACUGUGCCGAACACAUACAAAGCUCAUGUGCAACAAACUUUUGUUGUCUGCUUCGCCUCACCCAUGAACGAUUGUAAAACUGAGAAAGCAAAUAAACACACACACUUGUUAUCUUUUGGGAAAAAAACACGCAGAAUGAAAUACAUUUACCGUC